GGAACAAACGGAUUACGGCCCUUGGCUUGAGGCUGAGUGAGCUGCUCUACUGACCUAGAAUAUCUUGUGAAUAGCGUUGUGUCCACGUGAGUGAAAGGGGGCAGUUGGGGAGUGUUUCAGUUUCAGCUCAGCUCGUCCCGCAUAAGAAGUGAUGUGAACACUGAAGAGGAAAGUUGCGCUUUUUGGUGAAACUUGAUUUGACUCCAAAUAUGGUCGUAGUGGGAACUUGGUGAAACAACUUUUCAAUCUUCACAACACGCAAAAAAAAAUUGCGCGUUCCAAAACUGUAAACAGCAAUGAAGAAGGUGACUGAAAGUAGUGACGAAUCGAGGGAGGAGUUUAACAAUGAAGAAGAAACCUGCCAAGAACGGUUGGAAAGUGUUGAGCGAGUUUUGAAAUUAUCGGAAACGGAUUCCCAUCUCCUGACGACGGUGGACAGCAUCGAGUGUUUGGCUGGAAGUCAGCAGGGUGAUAAUUAUAUGUCGAUCAUCAAGCGCAUCCUGGUGCGGGGAAAACGGCAAGCUUGGAACAGCGACAAGAAAAAAGAUUUCUUCAUUUCACUAAUCUUCAAACGGCAAAUCGUCAACCUGCAGCGACGGAAGUUGUUCCGAGCGGACGAAGCCUUUGCCAAUGAAAUCAACACCUACACCCAGCUGGUUCCGGUUUUGAGAAAAUUUUCCCGUGAUCGACUGCCAUUUCCUCGGUGUAUUUAUGCUGGCAAAGAUACCGAAGGUGAUUUGAUCGUACUGGAAGAUCUCCGUUGCAACGGGUUUCGCAUGAUGGACCGCAGACGAGGAUUAAGUUACAGGCAAUGUCGAGUGGUGGUGCGGGAACUGGCAAAUCUGCAUGCGGUAUCCCUGGCGAUGAAACAGGUCCAACCGGUAAUGUUUCACACCAUGAAGGAGAAGGUAACGGAGAUUGUCUACAGCGAUUCGGCAGCCGAAUUUUACACACACUGUUUGGAAUCGUCAGUGAGUGGAACGCUGGAAAGUUUGAGCUUCAGCAAUAGCAGCGGGUGUUUGGACGGGGCCAUCAAAGCGAUCGAACGGCUGAGUGGCCGCCUUUAUCGGAUCAUGUCGGCUACAGUACGACACAGCUUCGAACCUUGGAACGUGCUCAGUCAUGGGGAUACCUGGAUCAACAAUUUGAUGUUCAGUGAAAAUCACGAUCAGGUUCGAUUGAUCGACCUGCAGGCCAUGCGUUACACUUCACCUGUGAUUGAUAUUCUCCAUCUGCUUUACACCAGCACCGAUUCUAAGCUUCGAGAAGUUCACACCGACGAUCUGAUCCGAUGUUACCAGGAAUCGUUGAUGGACGCAUUAAGAGCUUAUGUCCCGGCUCAAAAACGAUUCGUAUUACCAGUGCUGGAGGCUACCUUCACCUAUGAAAAUAUACGGAACGAAUACGAUUCGAGAAUUUUGUACGGGCUGGGCAUAGCCAUGUGGUUGCUGCCGGCGGUCACAUUUCACCCGGAUCACAUUCCGGACUUAGACGAUAUAACUAUGAGUGAUUUCACCACCAAGAACAACGAAAAAAUUCAGCAAAUGUUCUCGGCUGAUUAUCACAGCAGGAUGCGCGAAACGGUGCUAGAAUUCUACCGGAGUGGUCUUUUGGAUGAAAUUUGAGAGGGAUGGUUUCAAGCACGUGGUCCCAACGAACUUUAGCUGGAGUAUUAAUAGUAAGGUUAAACAGGUUUAAAAAUGCCAUUCCAAAUAGCUAGGUACGAUUGCUUUAGAAUAAAGUUGAAGAAGGAAAUAUUCAUAGUGAGUCGAGUACAAAAUUGAAUAUUGAAUGAUUUAUAACUAGAAUUCGAAAACAGUUACCAAAAUGAUUGAUACAAGAAUUUGAAGUUCCACUAAUAAUUCAACAUUUUUGCACACAAAUCUGCCCAUAAAGCUGACAUCCACUUAUGUAACACGCUUACAACAUCCGUAAUCUAUUGGUGUACUACAAACUAAUUGCUGGAGUAAACAUAGUAAAUCCUUUACACUUUCUUCCAAUGAGCAUUAGGCGGUACAAGUCAGCAAAAAUAGUGUUGCCCCAAGAGAUAGUGAGGAAGUAAACAAAUCGGCCGGCUUAUCGCGAGUCUAAUCAACAGCGCCGCCGGCCGGCAUAUUAGUGCAGAAUUAUGAAUUUACACGUGCCACCUGGAAGGGACUUAGGAAAUCAAGUAUAACCAUACUUCCAUAGCCUAGGACACUCACCCGGGAUUUAGCAAAUAAAAAAUAUGACUAACUAAAGCAAUCUCAUAUUUUGUAGACAACAAUAAUCGGAUUAGGUUUAGGUCAGCAAUAAAUCGAUAGUUACCAGUUGAUUAUAUAUGGCGUAGAUGUCUAUAUUUUUAAACUUCUAUUAACGCGAAGGUUUUACACAGGUCGAAUGAAAUUGAUACCAAUUAUUGGUGCUAUGUAGCUGAAUGUUGUUAUAUUACAUGUAAGUUAACUUUUGUAAAUAAAACAGGAAGCACUUGAUAUUCUAUAUAUUCUAUUGUCACUUAUAGCACAAUAACUAACGCAAUUUUACUCUCAAUAUUUCUAGUAAACUGAACCGUUACAUUUUUAUUGGAAAUCGUUCAGCAGAACGAGAAUUCGAAAUGUAAUCGAACAAAUCUUAAAAUUAAUAAAGGACUUAAACAUUUGUUUGUGUUGCCU